UACCAGUUCACUGAUACGCAUAUAAAAGCGAGAGCAAUUGCUCCAAAAAGUACACUCGACAACCACAUCCAUUACAAACAUGUACUCCAAGGUCAUAGUCUUCCUGUGCGCGGCGAGUCUCGCGUCCGCUGGCCACCUCCUCGAGGCUGCAGCCCCUGUGGCAUACAGCUCAGCGCCCGCCGUCUCCUCCGUAUCAUUCUCCUCUCAAACCUCACAUGCUCCCGUCGCCACAUACGCCGCCGCUCCUGUAGUCGCUAAGGCCUACGCUGCCCCGGCCUACGCCACUUACGCCGCAGCUCCCGUCGUAGCUAAGAGCUACGCCGCUCCCGCCUACGCUACCUACGCAGCUGCCCCCGUCGUAACUAAGAGCUACGCUCCAUCAGUGUCUUACCAAUCCAUCUCAACUCACUCUUCUGACGUCGCGUACGCCAAGACCUACGCUGCACCCGCGGUCACCACCUAUGCUGCUACUCCCAUCGUAGCCAAGAGCUAUGCUGCUCCUGCUGUCGCGACCUACUCUGCUCCAGUGUACGCCAAGUCAAUUUCUCCAGCUGUCUCUUACUCCUCAUACUCCAGCCACUCUGCUCCACUCGCCUACGCCGCGGCUGCUCCCAUCGUCACCAAGACUUACGCUGCUCCUUCUUACUCCACAUACGCCGCUGCUCCCAUCGUGGCCAAGGCUGUUGCCCCAGCGGUAUCAUACUCUUCCUACUCGUCUCACUCCGCACCUGUGGCCUACGCCGCCGCUCCCAUCGUAGCUAAGUCCUACGCCGCCCCCGCUGUCGCUACUUACGCUGCUGCUCCCGUCCUCAAGUCUGCUGUGGCGUACUCUGCCGCCCCCGCUGUCGCUCACGUGUCGUACUCUAGUCUUGGAUCCAACUAUGGUUGGUAAAUACUUGGUUAUUAAUUUAUUUAUAGUAAAUAAUGUAAAUAAUCAUAUCAUGUAAAUAAGAAUGUGUAUUCGAAAAGAGAACGAAAUAAAAACAAAUAUUCAUA